AUGUGGACGCGUUCCGAUCCGCAGGACCUUGAGCAGCAGCGGGGCACAGCGGCAGUCAUGGUGCUUAAGACGACGCUGUGCCGCUUCAGCGGCCUGCGGAUCUACCCCGGCCGCGGCAUUCUGUUCAUCCGGGUGGACAACCAGCAGUACCUCUUCCUGAACAAGAAGACGAAGAGCCUGUACCACAACAGGCUGCGCCCCGCCAAGCUGGCGUGGACCACCACGUACAGGAAGCAGCACAAGAAGGACCAGGUGUCCGAGGUCUCUCGCAAGAAGCGCCGCACCGCCAACAAGGCCACCGCGCGUGCGCUCACCGGCGCGUCCCUCGAGGUCAUCAACAAGCGCCGCGCGGAGAAGCCCGAGGUGCGCCAGGCCAGCCGCGAGGCGGCCAUCCGCGAGAUCAAGGAGCGCGCCAAGAAGGCCAAGGCUGAGAAGGCCAAGGCGCAGAAGGCGCCCGCCUCCAAGCAGCAGGCGCCGGCCGCCAAGAACAUCGGCCGUGGCAAGCGCUGA